AUGGGGAGUAAAUGGAGGAAAGUGAAGCUUGCACUUGGUUUGAAUAUGUGUUUGUAUACUCCAAGAAAUAAUAUAGUUGAUAAUGACGAUGAGGAUGAAUCUUUGCCGCCGUCUUCUUAUAGACACUCAGACGCUGCUCUGCUGUCACCAGUGGCGAACUGGACCUCAGCUCAGCCGACGCCCGGGUCAAAUAGGCUGAAGUUUUCCAAGAGCUUGAGUAGAUCUUCUUCUAAGUGUUUGCAAAACCAUUGCCACACACUGCAAAUGAAAGAAUUGAGAAGGAUUCACAAUGAUGAAGAAAAGUUGGUCAAAAUUAUGAGGAGUCUUGAGAGUUUGCCUAAGGAUUUGAAGGCAGCCAUUGAGGAUGGAAGAAUAUCGGGAUCGAUUUGUUGA